AUGGAGGGCAUCGAUUUUGAGAACACAGGUUCUGACUUUAGCGCCGUCUUUAAGGUCGUCAAUUUGGCUGUGGCCGCUAUUUCGGUAAGUCUAUACAUUUUGGGCCUGGGAGGUGUUGUUGGCUACUUGGAGUUUAAAAAUCCACCUCAGCUAUAUGCCUACGCAUCAUCCUUCUUCUCCUUUCUGGGAAGAGGGCUUAUAUAUGUGCUUAUCGCAAUUCUGAAUUUCCACGGGUCAGUUUUCAGAGUGCUGGCAGCAGUGCUUGUGCUUUUGGCGGGAGUCGUUUACAUUGUGCUCGAAUUUAUUCCUAGCAUCCAAGCACCUGAAAACAUGCAGGGAGAACGUGGAUUAUCUACAGAUGAGCUAGAGGACGUAAUUUAA